AUGUCUGAACAAGAGCGUAUACAGCAAUGCCUGAGGAAGGAAAUAAGGUCACUUCUCAUUUCCACCAAAGAUGGUUUGACCCCACAGCAGUUGGAAAAGGAGUACCUUUUGAUGGUUGGCAACCAUUUACCGCUCCGAAUCCUUGGGUAUCGGUCCACCAUGGAGCUGGUGUUGGAUAUGCCUGAUGUUGUCAGUGUCUGCCCCAGUGGGGAUGGUACUGUAAUACUGAAAGCCAUCCCAGAUGAGUCCACCAAAGGAAUAGCAAAUUUAGUUGCAAAACAGAAGAGCAACCAUAAGGUUCGAAACUCAGUGCAGAAGGGAAGGGCCAGUGUUUGCUCUGGUCCCAGCUCUCACCGGCGAGUACCUUACCGAGGAAGGGUGCCCCCUAUUCUUCCAGCUGUUGUGAAGAGUGAGUUGAAAGACCUCUUGGCGUUAUCUCCUGUUCUCCUUUCUGAUUUUGAAAAGGCGUUUGCCAAUCGAUUUGGACGAUCAUUCCAGUAUGUGCAGUAUGGCUUCCUUUCUAUGUUUGAAGUGCUGAAUGCCGCUUCAGAUGUUAUUUCUGUGGAGCAGACCAGAGCAGGGUCUUUGUUGACGCUGAAGAAGAGUGUAUCAGAGGAAAAGCAGAGAGGAUGGCCUGCAGGUAAGAUUUUCACCCAACCUUUUAGAAUGAAGCAACAAGGGUCAUGUCCCACAGGCUUCCCAGUAGCAAAGACACGCUCUUCACAACCCACUUCAAACAUAGAACCACCGAAGCAAAUACUGGGCAUGGAAAGGAAUUCUAGAUCAAAUGUAAUGCAGACUUCAAGGCUGAAUCACAGUGAAAAAUUAAACCAGUUGGAGAAUACCUUCAAAUCAGUUAUUGCACAGAUUGGACCUGGAGGGACUAUUAAUCCAGAACUAAAACAUAAGAUAAAAUUUGUUGUAUCCAAGUUUCCAGAGGGUUUGCUUAUUUCUAAACUGCUAAGAGAGUUUGAGUUGAUUUUUAAAGAGCAACUUUCACCCAAAAAACUGGGCUUCUUAAAUGUAAUAGAGCUUGUUGGAGCACUUAGUGACAUUCUCCAUGUUGAGUUCAGGGAAGGAGAACAAGACUUGCUGGUGUUUGAUGCUGAUAUGAAGCCUCUAGCAUCUGUUCAAUCAGAUAAGAAAAUAGAAGCCAAAGCUUGUGUGUCCAGUCCCCCUAGAAAUUCACUGUCUACUGCUGUUAUCAAGGAGACUACUUGGGAUUGCCCUUCAAAAAGCCAUAAGGAACCAGAACAGAAGAUUUUCAAGAAGCCUAAUCUGGUGGUAAAACCUUUGCAGCUGCAAAUAGAAAUGAACAAAUCCCAGCUCAGCUUGGCAGUGGCAAAUCAUGACAUCCCACCAGAUGCUGUGCAGGACAAGAAGUUAUGCAGACUGCCCCCAUUAGAUACCAGUACCCUCGUGGGUGUCUUUGUGGAGUAUAUAAUCUCUCCUAGUCAAUUCUACAUCCGAAUCUACAGCAGGGAUUCAUCAGAGUUACUUGAGGACAUGAUGAUUGAAAUGCGGCGCUGUUAUUCUAAUCAGUUGGUUUCUGAUCGAUAUGCCAUGCCAGAGUGUUUUAUCCAGCCAGGACAUCUCUGUUGUGUAAGGAUUUCCGAGGAUAAGUGGUGGUAUCGGGUCAUUAUCCAUCGAAUUCUCGGGAAACAGGAAGUUGAAGUGUUCUAUCCAGAUUUUGGAAACAUUGGAACUGUUCAGAAGUCUUCCCUGAGGUUCCUCAAGUGCUGCUACACCAAGCUCCCUGCUCAGGCCAUCCCUUGCUCUUUGGCCUGGGUGAGACCAGUAGAGGAACAUUGGACACCCAGAGCUAUUUUGCAGUUCCAGAAGUUGUGUGGUUUGAAGCCAUUAGUAGGGGUAGUGGAUGAAUAUGUAGAUGGGAUCCUGAACAUUUUCCUGUGUGAUACGUCCUCAAAUGAAGAUGUCUAUUUCCACCAUGUUUUGAGGACAGAGGGUCAUGCUAUUGUAUGCCGAGAAAAUGUCCCUUCUAAGGGUUUCAGAGACCUCAACCCUUUAGCUUUAUACACUAAAUCCAGUGUGAGGCCUGAGGACAUUGUCCUGAAAGAGCUGGGCUAUUCUUCCCAGCAGCACUAUUUUAACGAAGACCGAGAGAUCAGUCCACAAUCAAAAAAGAGUGACUUAUAUACCCUGCAAGAUAUUAAGGAUGAAAAGACUUUCAGUCACCUUAGAUCAGUCACCUCAGAGGAGCCAUUAAAGGAUUCUAAAUUACAUUCUUUGAAAAUACAAGAUAAGAGCUCUGAAGAAGAUCCAAAGUGGUCCAUCCCAGAGCUAAAGGAUCUGAAAGAAGAAAAUGAGGAUGAGAUCCCCACUGGAAUGCCUUGCCUGGAGUCAGUAACCAUAGGUGAUGAUAUUUGGGAUGAGAACUGGUUACCUUUGCAGGCUAAAAUGGGAAAAGAAAGUGAUGUUGCCUCUCACUUAUUUACCUCAAGCCUUGGUGGAAAGAAACCAUAUUCAUCAUGUAAAGAAUUGCCACAGAAGGAUUGGUGUUUUUCUUCACCCAAAGAUAUAUGGGAUGAUUCAUGGCAGCCUUCAGGCCUUGUGAACGGAAUGAAAGAAGUUCAAAUACCAGAAGGACUGGGUGCUCAAGAAAAACAUUUUGACGCACCCAGGAUUCAAAAGCAACCAAAUGUAGAGAGUGCCUCAGAUUCUCCCGUGUUGCCCAAACUGGAGGAGUUCUACAUCUCUCUUAUCCAGUCACAGCAGUCAGCAGAAAGCAGCCAGUUUGAGCCUAGCAACAUUCAGACUCCACCAAAGCAAAUUCAGCUGUCCUCAACUCCUGUAUUGGUCAAUUCUGGGUCAGUGGAAGGCUCCCCAAAGAGCCUAGAGAACGAAGAUUUUUCUAGUAGCUCUGCUAUUACGGUGUUCAAAGAUACAAGUCAGGGAGCCGUGGACCAGCUCUCUUUGAUUUUGUCUCCCGAGCACCAGAUUUCCCAGAAGCUCUACAUUCCUCGAAGCACAGCCACUGCUGCUUUAGGAGCUGCUGCAAGGCUCGCCACAUCCAAGAGCCUCCUGCACUGGUACCCAAGUGUGAAAAAGGUGGAGACAUGA